CUUUCAACAGCUUCGACCGAUUGAUUUCAAAACCAAAACUCAACCCCACGUGAAAGGCUUCUGAAACCUUCUUAAUAAUCAACAAAUACAUUCAAAACGCCAUCGACCCUUCUUCAUCAUCAAAUCAUGAACCAAACCCCAGGUGGGAGUGGUGGAGUUGGUACAGAGACUCCUGGUGAAUUGACUCCAACUACCACUCGUCCCACUCAUAUUCAUAUCGACGAUAAUCCAGCUCAACAAUACGUAGCAUCACUUCGACCACCCUUAACACCAUCUAAGAGUUCAUCCAAGAUUCCAAGCAUGAAAGAAUCAUCACAAGUUAACCUUCAUUCUGAUUCAGAAUUUAAUGCUAGAUAUGAAAGAGCACUUCAAGAACAAAGCACAAGUAUAGAAAUCAAACCCACUUCACCGAACCUAACUACUAAAACCGAUUCAAAACCGUUGAAAAAAACCGAGAAAAGAGAUGAGUCUUAUGAUAAUUCAACGGAUUCGGAUGAUCAUGAUGAAUUUGAUUGGGAUUUAUCGGAUGAAGAUGAAUUAGAUGAAGAAGAAAAAGAGAACAGAAAGAUUGAAAAGAAUAAACGAUUAACUCAUCUUCAUGAACAUCAAGUGAAACGUGCUACAAGAUUAAGAAAGGUUUAUUUAACGUUUAUGAAACUUUCGAGACCGAUUAGAACUAGUUUACUUUUAUUAUUCGGUAGUGGUUUAACUAUUAGUCCAACUUUGAUUUUACAUUUCCGAUUUCCAAAUUCACCUGUCAUCAGACCUGUGAUGGUAUGGAGUAUAUGGUUAUCAUUAUGUGUUGCAGCUACUUGUUUAAGUUCGAUCAUGACGGAUUUCUUACCCAUCAUCUUACUGAAAAUCAUUGAUUUCCUUUACGGUUCCACACCUGAGAAAUUAAAAACUCAAGUUGAACUUUGGAUGAGUGUUAGGUUUUGGAUUAAAUUAGCUCUUAGUUUUACUUGGUAUUGGGUGAUCUUAUUGGUCAUGUUUUCUUCUAUUUUUCCUUUUCAAGGUGAUUCUAGAUUACAUUACUUUUCUUGGAUCCAAAAAGUCACUGGUGGUUUAUUUGCUACUGGAUUAAUGCUUUUAGCUGAAAAAAUCUUACUUCAAAUCGUUAAAUUGAACUUUCAUCGUACUAGUCUUAAGGAUAGAUUAGAAGAAAAUGAAAAAGCUUUAUGGGCUUUAGAUAAAUUAGCAGCUGCUAAAGAACAUGUACAAAAGAGACGUUCAGGGUUUUUAAGUGGAUUUGGAGUUUCUAGAAAAUCUAAUGAAGGUACAGGACGAAAUACACCUGCUAAAAUAGGAAUCUCAACGGCUAGAAAUAGUUACAAUGUAGAUCGAUCUGGUGAUUUAAAUAUACCGAUUGGUGGAGAUGUACCAUUAACUCCUAUGACCACACCUGGUACACCUUCACAAACUCGAAUGAAUCAAGAUGCAGAGAUCUUAGAAAAAGAAUUAAAAAAAGCCAAAAAGAAUCGUAAAAGAAGAUCAGCAAAUUUACAAAACGUAGCCGAUCAAUUUACAAAUGCGAUAGCCCAAGUCACCUUGAAAGAUGAAAGGAAAAUCAAACAUGAUGGAAUAGGUUCAUCAACUCAUUCAGCCAAAAAGUUAGCCAAGAAAUUGUUUGAAGGAUUAGAUGAAGAUCAUGGAGGAGUGAUUACGAGAAAUGAGUUUGAACCGUACUUUAAGAACCCAAGUGAUGCGUUUAUGGCUUUUAAUUUGUUUGAUAAAGAUGGAAAUGGGGAUAUCGAUCGUAAGGAAAUGAGAAAUGCAGUGGCUAGAAUUUAUCGUGAAAGAAAAGCUUUGGCUACUAGUUUAAAGGACAUGUCAUCAGCUGUUGCUAAACUUGAUGCGGUUUUACUUUCGAUUGCGUUUAUUAUUGUGAUCUUUAUUUGGUUAUUGAUCUUUAAUCCAAGUGGAACGACUUCUCAAUUCGUUCCAAUGGCUACGAUCAUCCUUGGGUUUUCAUUUAUUUUUGGAAAUGCUGCAAAGAACUUGUUUGAGAGCAUGCUGUUUAUCUUUAGUGUACAUCCAUACGACGUAGGAGAUUUAGUCUUUAUAGAUGAAUCUCCAAUGUUUGUUUUAGAAUUCGGAUUGUUUUCUACGACUUUUCAAAGAGUGGAUGGACAAGUGAUUGUGGCACCUAAUUCGGUUUUAGGUAGUCAGAAAUAUAUUUUAAAUGUUAGAAGAAGUGGAUCGAUGUGGGAAACGACCAAUAUCAUGGUUGGAUUUGAAACUCCUUUAGAUGUUUUACAUGAGUUUAGAACUCGAAUGAGACAAUAUGUGAAUGAUAAUCCAAGAGAAUGGAAAGGAGGAUUGGAUGUGAAUAUUGAUUAUAUGCAAAAUCAAAAUUUGAUUCAAUUGAUUAUUGCUAUGGAACAUAAAGGGAAUUGGCAAGAUUGGGGAGCUCGUUGGGAUAGACGUACACUUUUGAUGAGAGAGAUGAAGAAGAUAUUAGAUUCAUUGAAUAUAAUUUACAAAUUACCGAUUCAACCUGUUUCAUUUGUUUCAUCAACUAAUCUUGGACGAAAAGGAUAUGGAUCAUCGAAUAAAAGAUCGGUUGGAUUGAAUGGAUCUUCAUUUACUGGACCAACUGUUUUAGGUAAUGCAGGUAGGAUUGGAACUAAUUCACAUAGUGAUUGGACUAAUACGGGAAAUUUACCGAGUUUGAGAGUUCAGAGUAAUCAAUAAAAGGGUUUGAAACGAAUUGAAUGAAGGGUUUUUGAUUAGAUGGACAUGAUCUUGAAUUAUAUUUAGAUAGGGUUUGAUUUUUUUUUUGAAUCAAUGAAUGGAAUGAAAGUUGAACGAAAUGGAAUGAAAUCAUCAUCAUCAUAUUCCUUUGUAGUUUUUUAUUUGUACAUUGUUUUUUAUUUGAAUAUAUAAGAAAGAAAAAUAAAUAAACAGGUUGAAGUUGGAUAGUAGUAGUAGUAUCUUUUUUAAUUUAUUGGAUUGUUUAGAUAAGAUUAAAAAAAUAAAGUUCGGAAAAAAAAUAAAACCAUUUUCUCUCUCUUGUUUUGAUUGAUUUUUUUCUUAUGUUAGUUUUUUGGUUUGAUUUGUAUCUUUUUUUGAUUUUUUCAGUAAAUUAGAACAAUUGAUUACUUAAUUUGAUGGUGUUUUUUGGUU